UUAAAUUCUAACACAUCUCACAGCCUAUAAGACAGAUGAAAAAAAGAUGAGAUUAUCAUGUGUUUUCUUGCUUUUCAUUGUUAAAAGCAUUGUUGAAUAUGUUGGUAGUAUUACGUUAAAAACGGGAUUAAAGAACGAUGGCGUUUUGAAUGAACAAAAUGAACAUCCCAUUGAGAGUAAGCCUAAUGAUAGUCCUAAACAGAUCGUAAAUCGUGAUACAUCCAGCAAUAAAGGCACGCUUAAUAAACAAUCUGGAACUCUUCCGAAGGGUCCAACAAAUGAGGGAGGUGAUGGAAUGAAAAAGGAGUUGUUACCAUCGAGCGCCAAUGGUAUUGAAGAAAAUGAAAAUCUGGCCGAUGAAGCUGAAACAUGUGAAAUACUCAACAUAGAGACCCCAGUCCAAAGCGUUAAAGGUCUAGAAUACCUUGGUUGUGGCUAUGAUAGCACCAAAUCUAUGCCUUUUGGUGAUGAAGAAAGCUUUCUAGAUAGUGGAUAUACUCAGCCUGUAGUUAAUUUUCAGUGGCCAUGUAGAAACCGCUCAAAGAUAAACCCUAUGCCUAUAGGUGUUUGGAUAAGACAAGAACCAUCCUGUCAUAGAGGACAUGAAAAACGUAUGAUUAAAAAUAAGGAAACAUUGGUAUCUAUACUUUCAGAAGAUGUAGAGUCAUUUCUUGGCAUUGCCAAUUUUGGAGUUAAUUAUGUAAUGCAAAAUAAAGAAAUCGCUGGAAUGGAAGAUAUUGUUAAAAAGCAUAUGUUUGCAUUAAAAUCAAAUUGUGCGAUGUUUACUACAGGUAUGAUAUUGUCUUCAAAAUGGAAUGUUACAAGGGCAUUUGAAAAUGCGACAAAAGAAAUCGAAUCUUACCCUGACAAAGAAAAAUGUGAUACACAAGAAAAAUAUCUUUCAGAUGCUGAAUGUAAAAAUUAUUGUGAACUAUGGAAGAAGUUUUUCAUGAACUAUGGUACACAUGUUAUAUCUCGCAUUACAAUGGGCGGAAAGAUUUUACAAAUGGAUGAAAUGGAAAAUACGGCAAAUGAAAAUGCAGAGUCUAAUGACAAAAAACAUAACAUAUCAGUUAAUGUAGGCGUAUUAAGUGGAUCUUUCAAUUUAAAUAAUACGAAUGAAAAGCAACAAAAGGAAAAGGUGAAAAAGAAAAACGGAAAGUUCUUUAUCAUGGGAGGUGAUACAUUUAUUCCUGUGGACACUCCAGAAGGUUUUCGGGAUUGGGUAGAUAGCAUCAAGGAGAAUUCGAUGCCUAUUAACGUUGAACUUACACCGAUGUCACAAUUUAUGCCAAUAGGUAUAAGAAGACACUAUUGGUUCGCUCUGAAAUCUUAUAGUGGGUCAUAGAUCCGAACUGUGGCAUUAUCAUCAGCAGCAAUAAAAUAAAACAUAUAAUGUAGA